CCUUUGCCUGCCCUGGAUGGUGCUGCUAAGUCCCAAAGGCACUCACGGCUCCCCUACAGCUGGAUCUGAAUGAAGUGAGGGGGAAGUCUCAGGAGAGGUCCCUGCUGUUGGCCCUUGACAUCGUUGGCUAUGGUUCUCAUGAUCCUGAAGCAAAUGAGCUUAAAGAAGAAAGGUCACAUCACCUUACAGGACCCUGAAGCCGAGUACCCUCUGCCCUUGAUUGAGAAGGAGCAAAUCAACCACAACACCCGAAGGUUCCGCUUUGGACUGCCCUCACCAGACCAUGUCUUAGGGCUCCCUGUAGGUAACUAUGUCCAUUUCUUGGCCCAAAUUAAUGAUCAAUUGGUGAUCAGGGCUUACACUCCUGUUUCUAGUGAUGAUGAUCAAGGCUUUGUGGACUUUAUUAUAAAGAUAUACUUCAAAAAUGUGCACCCCAGGUAUCCUGAAGGGGGAAAGAUGACUCAGUACUUAGAGAACAUGGAACUUGGGGACACCAUCCUUUUUCGAGGGCCCAAAGGGCGCCUGUUCUACCAUGAGCCAGGUUCCCUUAUGGUCAAAACAGAUGAAACAAGUGAGCCUGAAAACAAACUGUUUCAUCACCUGGGGAUGAUUGCUGGGGGAACAGGCAUUACUCCCAUGCUGCAGCUUAUUCGCCACAUCACAAAGAACACCAGUGAUGGGACCAGGAUGUCCCUUCUCUUUGCCAACCAGACAGAAGAGGAUAUCUUGUUAAGAAAGGAACUAGAAGAAAUUGCUACAACUCACCUUGACCAGUUCAACCUGUGGUAUACCCUGGACAGGCCUCCCGCUGGAUGGAAGUACAGCUCUGGAUUUGUUACUGCUGAGAUGAUCAAGAAGCACCUACCUCCCCCUGGGGAAGCCACACUUAUCCUGGUGUGUGGUCCACCACCUAUGAUCCAGGAGGCAGUUCACCCCAGCCUGGAGCAGCUUGGCUAUACCAAGGACAUGAUUUUUACCUAUUAAUACCUCCCAUGCUCCUUGGCCGGUCCCUCUCCUCUGUUUCACAUUUCCUGGGCUGAAACAACAAAUACAAGAUGAUGAAAAGGAGCCUCCCAGGUCAGUGUGCAGAUGUGACUGACGAUACAUUCGGGAGCUAGCUCAGGAGGAAGUAAAUGAAAGUGCUGUUGGGAAGCAGAGUUCGUGAUGACAUGUCUUCUGCUGAAGCAAGGCUGAUAGAUGAACAACCUUGAACACAAGAAAGCUACUCUUCCAAGGCUGUGCCCAAAACUCAGGCCUGCUGCCCCCUGCAAAGUGACUUCCUAUUUCCCAAGAUGGACAGAGGGGUUCCCUGGAAAGCUACUGUCUGCACUUGAGGUCAAGCACAGGGGACUUGUCUCACCACAGCUGCUGGCAUAUGAACGAGGAAUACCCAGAGCCACAAGGACCUCUGGACCCUGGAGAGCCCAGGGUUGGUCUUCUUCCUUGCCUCAGUUUCACCUACCCUACACUGUUUCUGCUGGACUCCCGAGGACAUACUACCUACCCUACAUCCUUAGAGAAUGGAACGGGAGCAGGAGGCGUGGCUAGGCCACAGGCACCAAUGAUUGCUCAGGAUGAGUUCAGCUAGGCCUCUGGAGUUAUCUGUGGACCUGUGCUUAGUUUCGCUCAGACUGAGGAUGGGGUGACUCAAGCUGGACUUUGUAAAAUUUAGAGGCCAGACAAUGAGACAAGUGCUUGCUUGGAUGGUACCAGGUCAGCUAUGUGCUGGCUUCCUCAUAGAACACCACAAGCAGGACCAGCUGCUAUGGGAGCACUCCCAGUGCUAGCAAGAUGGCAAGACCCCAGGGCAUUGUGGCACACAGAUGGGCCCGUCUGAAGGGAAUCCAGCAUUCAUCUGCUUGGCAGAACUGGAGUAGAGAACAGCUUCUCAAGAAGAGCUACUUCCUGUACAUGUUUCCUGUGUACAGAAACCUGUGCUCUUCUCCUGGGACUUAGGCCAAGAAGGGAAUGGAUCUAAUAAAGAUGAACAGACAGCAAAAACCAAGCUCCUCAUCUAGGGCUGCACUCAUUGGUUUGGGCCCAGGCACUGAACUAACAGUUGCCAAACGUAAGGCUCAGAAGGCAGGCCACAGGGACCCACCCACAAAGGCUCUGACAGCUCACCCGGACUUUGGCUGUGGUGGUUAGAGGUGUGUAAGCUGGUGAGGCCAUUUUAUCUCGCUUUUCCUGUUCGGCCUCAGGACCAAUCAGGGCGUUGAACUUGGUGGUCAGAUGGCGCCUGAGGAGCGUCUUCUGUGGGGGGAUAUUAAGAAGCAUAGCCAGGGUAUCUCCAGUGAAGCGUGGCUCUAGGAUCUAAGAAGAAAACACAGACAAACUUAGACAGUGACCCCUGUAGAGGGCCCUAGCAGGGACAGAAAGAACUUGUUCCCUGGGCCUUGGACGCCUCUGGAAUGUAAGCUGUGUUCUGUGUGCCACCCACUCUGUCUCCCCAGCACAAGGCCUGGCUUUGAGCAGACUAGCAAGCACAUUUGUUGACAGACAACUUCAUCUUCACAGGCUAGCAGGGAAUGGGCCUCUGUGAUAAGGCUCUUUUCCAGUCUUCUCUGAUGGCAUCUAGGCCACCACCUCCACACUUCCCUUCUGGACUUGACACUUGACAGAGCUAAGUAGUGAUAAAGAUCAUAUCAUGGCAAUCAGGAAAUUGCAUAUGGUGACCUCCCCCUCACUUCCCCAGCCCCCGUGUUCCUCUGGGAACAGGUGGCCUUGCCUUGUUCAGGACUGAUCUAAUACAAUCACCAGACUAACUGGAACCCUCUGGACUGAAGCUGAGGAAGUUUGUGCAGAAGCCAUCUUGGUUCUUUCUGUAAGGUACAGUAAUGCUCAAUCAGAAAUACUUUGAGAUUUCAAAUUCUGUAAAAUGGUUCAGAUGAAGUACCUCAUUUUUUACUAGAAUGCCCAGCCCCUACAAAGUAUUAGGCUUAGCUUUAGUCAUCACCUUGACACAGUAGAGUCAGUCACCUGGGGAGACUCAAGGAGGGGUGGCCUAGAACAGGUUGGCUUGCGGCGUGACUGUGAAGGGUUUCUCUUGAUUGGGUUAACUGAGGUGGGAAGGCCUAUCCUGAACAUGGGUGGUACCAUUUCAUGAGCUAGCUUCCGAGUGGUGUAAGAGUUAAGAAAGGAACUGAACAGAAGUAUUCAUGUGUUCACCCUAUACUCUGAACUGCAGAUGUCAUGUGACCAGCUGUCUUGAGCUCCUGCUACUUUGACUGUCCUGGAGUGAUGGACCGAAGCCGGUAAUCGAGCUAAAAUAAACCCCUUCUCCCUUG